AUGGCCAAAAACAGCAACGAGAAGCGUGCUCAGCUGAAACAGCAAUGUCGAGAAGCUAUCGUAGAUGAUCGCCUUGGCCUCGUCGUAGAGCCCAGCAAGGUCCGACUCCAGCCACCCGUCGAGGACAGGUAUGUAUGGUCGGUCACGGCAUCCCAUGCUUCUCUCUUGAAGACAUGCCUGAGCAGCGGAGGCGAACUUGGCCGGUCGCUCGAGGCCGUCAGUCCGGAAUCUCUUCAGAACGGACUGUCGCAGGCAGUGGAAACUCCAGGAAAUAUGCGUAAUUCGCUGAACGGAUGGAAGGAUACCUCGGAGUCAGCCAGCAAAGAGGAGGGUUCGUUCACAGCGAAGAUCCGCGAACUGGAAGCAGCCAAUUGCUAUCUUCGCCGCGACACGCGCCUCGAAUCAGCUCUGGACGAGGGUCGUACGCUACGAACCAAAAGCUGCAUGCUUGAACGCGAGGUAGAGACUAGCAUGUCAACGGUGCAGCGGCAAGGGGAGGAACUGGCACGCUUGAGAGGGGGGUUGGUCAGGUGA